AUGACCGUCACGACCGCGAUCCCGCACCUGUCGCCCAAGGGCAAGGCGUCGCUGGACGAGCUGCUUGCCACCACUGUCGAGAGCGACAAGGGCCGCCCGGCCGUCCACUUUGGCCUCACGACGGCGGACGGGCCUCUGUACCUCGCUUGCAAGGGCGACAAGGUGUAUGGCGAGCCGGACAAGGGCCAGGUGAACGAGGACACGACACUCCAGCUGUACUCGAUGACCAAGGUUGUCGUCUCGGUCGCUGUCCUGCAGCUUGUCGACCAGGGCGUGCUGUCGCUGGACGACCCGGCGAUUGUGGACAAGCACGCGCCCGAGCUUGCCGCCAUGCCCGUCCUCACGGGCUUUGACGACGCCGACAAGCCCAUCCUCACCCCGCGCACUGAGGCCCUCACCCUCCGCCGCCUGCUGACGCAUACCUCUGGAUGCAGCUACGACUUUACCAACGCCGACGUGGCAAAGUACCAGGUGCUCCAGGGCGUGACCCCGCGCUGGCCCGUGGCCGUCGAGGACAAUGUGCGUCCCCUGUCCUUCCAGCCGGGCUCGGCAUGGCAGUACGGCGUGGGUAUCGACUGGGCGGGCCUCAUCGUCGAGCGGGCCACGGGCAAGAACCUGGAAGAGUACUUCAAGGCCAACAUCUUCUCCCCACUGGGCAUCGAGGACAUUACAUUCUACCCGACGCCGCAGGUCGUCGAGCGCCUGCAGGCGGCGUGCGCGCCCGACGCAGACGACGACACCGUGUACACCCACGUCCCCUCCACCCGGCCCAUGACGCCCGAGACCGUCGGCCUACUCUCGGGCGGCGCGGGCCUGUUCGGCACCGCCAAGAGCUACCUCCGUUUCCUGCAAGGCAUCCUCGCGUCCUCGCCCGCCGCCGCCGCGAGCGGCACCCCCACCACCACCACCGCCCCCAAGCUCCUCUCGCCCACGGGCUUUGCGACGCUGUUCACCAACUCGCUCCCGCCCCGCAGCCCCGAGAGCAAGGACGUGUACGCCGGCCUGGCGGCGCAGCUCAACCGCAUGUUCUACGUCGACACCGAGCACGUCGCCAACGACGCGCAGUACAUUGAGCAUUCGGUGGGGCUCGUCCUCAACACCCGCGACUCGAGGCAUGGACGCAAGGCCGGCAGCGGGUGCUGGGACGGCGCGGCAAAGACGCAUUACUGGCUCGACCCCACCACGGGUAUUGCUGGUAUCUGCUUCACCCAGCUCCUGGUCUUCAGCCCCGGCAAGCCCAGCCCCUUCGUCAAGACGUACAAUGCGUUUGAGCGGACUGUGUAUGACGCGCUGGCGUAG